UUGGUAGGAGCCACUUCAUCAAGAUUCCGGAACGGAUAUGGCACCCAUAUAAAGUCUAUGAGAACCAGUAUAUCUUCCAAGCCACUUAAAAGGUCAAUCUUGGUGUCAAAAAAUACAUUUUCUGGGUCAAGGAAUCAUUUAAAGCUCUUGAGAAUAUCCCUAGAUGAUUAUUUGAUCAAAUAGAUAUGUUCGUUUUGGCCAUGUAUUUAUGUAAAAGCAAAUACCGUAUUUUCCGGACUAUAAGUCGCAGUUUUUUUCAUAGUUUGGCCGGGGGUGCGACUUAUACUCUGGAGCGACUUAUGUGUGAAAUUAUUAACACAUUAUUACCGGUAUAUCACUUCACAUGUUAUUUUCACACUAAACCGCAAGAGGGCGCUCUAGGCCGAGUAUGAGGAUGAGUCUGACGUAAGCGACGUAGAAGAAGAAGCGCCGCAUCUUCUACCUCCGGAGUUAGCGGAGUUGUUUAAAAGUGACACCGAGGAUGAAGAUUUCAUUGGAUUUUAGUUAUUUGGAGUGACACGGAUGGUUUGGUAAACUUCUUAGCAUGUUAUUCAUGCUAUAGUUAUCUGAAUAACUCUUUAAUAUGUUAUGUUAACAUACCAGGCACGUUCUCAGUUAUGUCAUGUAACGUAAGCAUACCGUACAAUUAUUCAGCCUGUUGUUGCCUCUAUUCUAUUUUUAUUUUAAAUUGCCUUUCAAGAUGACAUGUCUGUUCUUGGUGUUGGAUUUUAUCAAAUAAAUUUCCCCCAAAAAUGCGACUUAUACUCCAGUGCGACUUAUAUUAUAUGUUUUUUCCUUCUUUAUUAUGCAUUUUAUGGCUGGUGCGACUUGUACUCCGGAGCGACUUAUAGUCCGGAAAAUACGGUAUGUAGAAAAUGCUUUGGACAGUGCAAAAGGAGAAGAUCUGCCAGCUAGAGGUUUUAUAUGUGUGAGUUAUUUUGUUCAGUCCUCAGAUAUGGCAGAAAAAGAAGCACCAUCUGUUGGUAAUGGACAAUCACCAGGGACUCCGUCGGCACAGAGUGGUCUAGCACCGUCCUCUGCAGGCUCCCAUGGUGUACUGCAGGACGGCCUGAGCUUCACUCCACUGGACUCAAACAGUGACAAUGUCGUCCAGCCUUUCCCACGUUCGCCAAAACUACAGAGGAAGAUAGCCGAAGCUGGACGGCCGUCUCAGGAGCAGCUAUCCAGACGUAUGGAGGAGCUGCAGGCAGAGAGGUCCAAGACUGAGGCUCACAUCCAGUCUCUGAAGAAACGCAAGGCAGAUCUCUCAAGGAGUACAGAAGCGAUGAAGCAGCAGGUUCGAGAGCGUUUCGAGAACAUGCGGCGUGUCCUGAAGCAGGACGAGCAGGCCAUCCAAGACUCUCUGGAGCUGGACCUGAGACAGACCAGGACCAGACUGGACCAGGUUCUGAAGAACUGGAAACACCACCAGGACCAGGUCACUAAGAACAUCUGCAGCAUCCAGGCAGCACUGAGCAAAAGCCCCAAAGCAGAGGAGGACGAGAAGGGUCAGUCUGAGAAUUUGAGUCCUAAGAAGCCAGAUGCCUCUGAGAACCAAAUUCGACUAAAUGAAGAGAGAUUUGAAACGCUCCUAAAAACAUUAUCCUCCAUCUCCAAACAGCUGAAAGUUCAGCUGCAGAGGAAGACACUACUUCUAGAUUCUUCCCCCAUGGUGAUUGACAGGCAGACUUGCCAUAGCCAGAUGACAGUGAGCUCAGAUGGACGGGGCGUGUCCUUCUCAGGCUCCGCCCACCCAGCUCCGGAGCAUCCCCUCCAGUUCGAUAAAGUGUGCUGUGCGCUGGGCACGUCUCCCGUCGUAGCCGGUCAGAGUUACUGGGAGGUGGAUGUCCGCUGCUGCUCCGCCUGGGCUGUGGGCGUUGCCUACGGCAACGUGGAGAGGAAGGGCCGUGACAAGGGCUCCAAACUGGGCAGAAACAGGAACUCCUGGUGCGUGGAGCUUCGCAACGGCCAUCUUUCCGCUUGGCACAAUGACCGCCAUGUGACGUGUCAGGGUGUCGGCCAAACGGCCCUUGGAAAGGUCGGGGUGUGGCUGAAUUAUGACAAGGGCCAGCUGGUGUUUUAUAAUGCAGACACCAUGGUUGUGGUGCAGAAGUUCUCAGCCGCCGUGACGCCGGUGUUCGACAGAGCUCAUCACCAGUUCACAGAGCCCCUGUUCCCUGCCGUACGCUUCCUGAGACCAGCAGACAACCAGAUUUGGCCAAACCACCUGGAACUCUGUCACCUCAACACUCCAUGA